GGCUCCCGCCACGCGAGCAGCGGCCGCGGGACCGCUCGCCUUAGCUCGGUUCAGUUCAGUUCGGCUCUGCUCGGCUCGGUUUGCUUCGGCUCGUCCCGGCUCGGUUCGGCUCGGCUCGGCUCAACGCCGCCGCUCCUCCGCCGCAGGUUCAACAGUGUGACCACUCUCUUGAUUCAUAUACUCACAGCAAAGCCUUCAUCUCUCUCAUGGAUUAUAGAUCUAAAUUGAUGGCUUCAGUAACAGAUGCCAGAUUCAGGCAGAAGGAUACUUCAGACCAAAAUUUUGAUUACAUGUUCAAGCUCCUGAUCAUUGGCAACAGCAGUGUGGGUAAAACAUCCUUCCUCUUCAGAUACGCCGACGACACCUUCACUCCAGCCUUUGUGAGCACGGUGGGGAUCGACUUCAAGGUGAAAACAGUUUACAGGAAUGACAAGAGGGUGAAGCUGCAGAUCUGGGAUACAGCUGGACAAGAAAGAUACAGGACCAUCACCACAGCCUACUACCGAGGGGCCAUGGGCUUUGUGCUCAUGUAUGAUAUCACCAGUGAGGACUCCUUCAAUGCUGUGCAGGACUGGGCCACACAAAUCAAGACUUACUCCUGGGACAAUGCACAAGUGAUCCUGGUUGGAAACAAAUGUGACAUGGAGGAUGACAGGAUUGUUCCUGUGGAGAAGGGGAAACAUCUGGCAGAUCAGCUGGGUUUUGACUAUUUUGAGGCCAGUGCCAAAGAAAACAUCAACGUGAGGCAGGUGUUUGAGCGUCUGGUGGAUAUCAUCUGUGAGAAGAUGUCAGAGAGCAUAGAAUCAGACAAUUCCAGGGGCACUUCUGGAAGGAGCAUGAGGCUCACAGACAACCCUCCCCCUUCACAGCAGAACUGCUCGUGCUAGUGACCUUUCACACUCAGAAAUGUCCUUGUCCCCUGAUUAAAUUUUAUCUUUUCAUUUGUGGUGGUGCAUUAUCAUGUAGUCCAGAGGCAGAAGUGUCUGUUGUAGGAAACUGGUAUGUUUGUUUAAUGUGCUGGAGUGUUAAUAUUAUAUAUUUCCUCAUUCAAUAAUUUAAUAAUCUGAAAAAAAAUAUUGUAAGUGCACCUUGUGUGAAUGUGAGUUACACUGAAGAAUAAUAAUUGUGUAGUGAUGCAAAUAUUAUUUCUACAGAGAAUGUUGCAUUUUUAAAUUCUAAAUUCCUCUAUUGCAGAAAGAGUGUUUUUUUUUGUCAAGAACAGCAGAAAGCACAAAAACCAAUUAGAGGGGAUCAGGUCUAAGAGCAGAAAGGGGGAAAUCUCUUACAAAGCAAGAAUAUGCUUUUUUAAAAACAUAAACAAACAAAUCCCCAGACAUUUUGAGAAUUGUUGCUGUCCUCCAGACAUGGACCUCAGGUUUUUUUUGUAGGAUGGAGCAAGAAAGCAGAGCAUUUCUGUCUGACAGUGUGAUGUCCCCCAUAGAGUGAAGAGGAAGAGGCUGGAUUUUGUGUCAAGCCUGUAAAGAGAUGAAGAACACAGGGAGGAAUCAAAGCUGCCAGGGUGGGGAGGAGGAGGAGGCCCUGCAGCAUCCC